AUGUCGAUACAGUUGAGACCGAAUUUCAGAGGUUUGACACUCAUUGUCUUCGCCAGGAUGAGUCCCCUCAGACUUUCCUGCCGACCUGAUAUGGAUUUCGAUGGCGAUCAGAUCAUCCGUCGCUUGGUAGUAAAUGUUGGACAUCUCGAUCUGUGCGUUGAGGAUAUGGAACGGGUUAGAGACAUUGCCUCGGCUAGGCUAGUGCAGGCUACCUCAAGAGCGGUGCCCUUCGAGGCUUCCUGGUCUGAAUACGACCAGGGCCUGGAAAGAGACUUCCAUGUGCAUUCCGCUACCACUGGGUUACGAGAUACCCGUCUUUGCAAUAUCAUAUCCAUGCAGAGCCAUUCCAAGGAAUGGAGGAUCCCCUCGUUUCGUGAAGUGAGUCUCGAAGCGGGUGUUGAGAGGCCCAUUGACCUGCGUGUGCAGUUACGUGCCAUGGAGAGCCCUGCGGUUCUGAAGCGAAUUCAUACUGAUUCAGCGGGUCACAGCUCAAGUAUCAACCACAUGCUUUGGAUCGACCACAUAGAAACUGUCGUGACUGCAGGGAUGGACAAAACAGGAAGCCUUGAAGGGCACACAUGCACCGUCACUGCUCUUGAGGUAAGGUUGUGGAACAUCGGCCGGAAACAGUGCCUACAGUCGUUCAACUCGACGUUCGGCCUGGCCAAGGGAGUAGACGAUGGGCCUGUUGACCCUCGGUGCCUGGUCGUUAUCAACCGUGAUUUGGUUGCCCUGCUACUUGCGAUGGACAAAUACCCUCACAGGCAAGUCAGUUUCACUCUCCAAGUGAACAUUUGUGUUUUUGUCUCCUACUAUACCCAGGCGAUCGCCAUCAAUGGUCGGUUGGGCCAUGUAGUGACUUCAACUGACAGGGACAUUACUACGUGGGAUAUAUUCACCGGCAAGAGGCUGUUGGUCUUCCCCGAGACGACCUCCUCCCCGAUCAAAGCCAUGUGUAUCGAGCCCCUUGAAGAACGUCUCAUAGCUAUAGGAACCGACACAGGGUCUCUGGCGGUCCACAACUACGCCGUUAUGGCCAAGGUGAAGACUCUACGGGCUCAUUCGAGUGGCAUCACCAACAUCACCUGGCUCGGACACCUCAUUUUCUCGCUGUGUGUUGAGAGGCAGCUGAUCAUCUACGAUGCUACCAACAUCACCGAUAACAAGGACCAGCUGGGCGGUGUCCUGAAGUUACUGAAAGCUGCGACUCGUUCAUUGGUACUCGAUUUGAUACCCUCAAGCACUGCUGCUAUCGACUGCUCUCUCUAUGGACGGCAGGUGGUCUAUGGAACUGACAAUGGGACGAUAUCAUGGUACCGCAUUGACUCGGGAAAACUUGAGAAGUCUCGACCAGCGUCUCAGGGAGGCGGUCCCGACGCGCUACUGACAGGUCUUCCAAUCCCAAAUGGUAUCUGUAUGGUCAGCCUGCUCAACGGCACUACCCCGAGCGGUCUGCAAGUGUCGACUACACUCACGCUGAGUGCCUCUGGUGUGGUAUCGCUCUUCGGCCUGUUACCUAUGGAGAGGUUCGAGCCUCUGGUGUCUUGGAGAUUUGCUUGGAAGUCGGCUGAUAGCAAGGUCCCUAUGAUGGUCAGUGUAGAAGACAACGUAGCAAGCAGUCUUAUCUGGUCAUCCAAAGGCCACUUCCUCAGUGGACAGCUGAGUCGACUGCUCGACCACCCAUCGGCGAGUGUGACCAUCGUCGAUCCCUUGGUUUCGAUGCUCUCCAGCAGGGCCAAGGUAGAUCGGCUCAUGCUCCGCCCUUCUCAGGGGAUUCAUAUGGACAUGGUCGCUCGAGAGACGCCCUGGACCGAGCAGCAGGAGGAGGAGGGAUCAACGGCUCCGAUCGGGUCACUGGUUGCUCCUGUGGAUGACACCCGAAUCGUGUCAUGUGAUACUGUCGAUAACAUCAAGAAGACUAAGUUGAGCGCGACGGCCCGAGGUCCAUCGGUUGUAGUUGAGGACUUGUUGACGAAGGAGGGGAGACCGUCGAAAAGAGGCACGCAGAGAUUUGACGAGACUACUGUGCAAGCCGCUGGUCGUCUCGCGACGGCCUUGAACACCCUUAACAGCAUGUAA